UUUAGACAGUAUAUAUCAUGUUAACAAGCAAAGAGGUGACUUUAGUAUUUGAGAAAAGUGUCACUUAUUAUGAUAUACAUUUGAACAUGGAGGUAUCUACAAUUGAUAAUAGCUUAGAUCAAAACAGACGGAACUUGGAAAUAAAUCCUGCUACAGAUGUAGACAACAUUCUGAAAACGCUUGGAAGUUUUGGUAGAUACCAAAAAAUUCAGUUAAUUUUGAUAUGUUUCUUUGUAUUGGAAGACAGUUUUCAUUUAAUUUCAUCCGUUUAUAUAGCUUAUCGACCCUUUUACCAGUGUCAAGACAUCAACUCUACCAAAUACUUACAAGACCGUAAUAUCAGUCAAUCAUCUACCAUAGACAUAUCAUACGGAAAAUGCGAUAUAAGUAUAAGUGUGAAUACGUCUCUCUCUAGUUUCACCUCAAAGGAGGGUUGUAUAAAUGGCUACAAGUAUGACAUCCCAAAGGAAAGAACGACAGUCACUGAGUGGGAUCUUGUAUGCAGUGGCGCAGAACGUUCAGAACUAUUAACAACUCUGAUUAUGCUAGGCCAAGCAACAGGAGCAGUUAUUUUCUCUCCUAUAUCAGAUAAGAUAGGACGAAAACCAAGCAAUGUAUUUGCCAGAAUUAUGUACUUUUUUACAGCUUUGGCGACUGUGUUCUCUCCUAACAUUUCAGUAUUUUUGGUGUUCAGAUUUCUACAAGGAACAUUUCAAGGCGGAAGUCUUAUGACAUGUACGAUUUUGUAUAUAGAAUUGCUCCCAAAGGAACUACGACAUCGUGCUGAAGGUGCUAAUAUAAUCGCAUGGACAACAGGGCUUGUCUUGACCUCAGUGAUUGGAUAUUUGUGUCGGGAUUUAACAUGGAGAUACAUGCAACUAGUACUAGCAGUUAUAACUUGUCACACACUAUUUGAUUGGUUGUUUUUAGAUGAGUCAUUAAGAUGGCUAAUAGCAAAUGGCAAAACUGAGAAAGCUGAAAAUUUGUUGAAAAAAGCCACCAAGCUGAACUAUACUAAUUAUCAACUGGUCAUUAAAAGCAUUCAAGUUGAGCAGUCAAACGAUAUUCCAAUGGAAAAUCAGUGUGCCCCAAAAAAAGCCAAACAUGCUGAUCCAGACGAAGACGAAAAAUCUACAGUACAUAAAUAUAGUAUUUUCACAAUAUUGAGAAACAAACGAAUGCUGGGAUGUUCUAUCAUACUGUGGAUUGCUUGGAUCACCAAUUCGUUAACAUACUAUGGAUUAAUGCUGACUACAUCGACCCUCUCGGGCGACCGAUAUCUCAACAAUAUUCUAGCCUGCCUUACUGAAUAUCCUGCUGCGAUAGUACAACAAAUUUUUGUUAACAGAAUAGGAAGAAAGUGCAUGUUAAUCAUAUUUCACGGUAUAGCUGGAAUAUCAAUGGUUUUGGCAAUGGUGUGUACAACAUACGGUGGUCAACUUGAUUGGUUACCAGUAUUAGGAACAGUCUUUGCAUUAAUUGGAAGAUUUGCCAUAACAGGAUCGUUCAGUACGGUGUUUUUAUACACAUCAGAACUAUAUCCUACGAACUUACGGAAUGCUGGAUUAGGCAUUGCAUCAACUUUAGCUAGAAUAGGAUCCAUGUUGUCACCUUUCGCAAUGACUCUUUCUUACAUUAUUCCAUGGGGCCCAGCAGGAGUAUUUGCUAGUUUGAAUCUAUUUGUCACCCUAUCGUUAUUGGUUCUACCUGAAACUAUGGGACGUGAACUGCCAACAACAGUAACAGAACUGAAUUCCUGGUACAAAGAUAAUAAUUCAUGUACCUUCAUUCGGUGUUCAAAGAAGAAGUAUAACUUGAAAAACAACAGCAAUGAGACAAAUUGAUGUUAAGUACAUGUGAUAAUUUGUAAUACAUGAUUUAGUUUCAUCAAUAUUGGCACAAACAGCUUGAAUAUUUGCGUAGUUUGUAUAUAUUGAGUUUAUAUGCAUAUCGGAGCAUCUGAGAUCACCCACGGUCUUUAGUGAGGUUUGUGUUGAUCAGUCUUUAGUUUAUUUUAUGUAGUGUUUGGUAGACUGUUGUUUGUUUUUUCGUCAAGUUUUGUUUAUAACCAUGGGUGUGUCGGUUUCACUUCUACGUAUGAAGUUUGAUUUGCUCUUUGGUAUCUUCAGCGUGCUUCUUUAAAUCACUUUACCAUUGAAUGUGUAAAGAAAAAAAAACCGUCGAUAAAGGAGUGUAGUUUUCUCCCUUUUCCUGAUUUAGCAUAUAUGUAUUCAUUGAUACUGUUACGCCCCGGUGAUUAGACAGCUUCUAUUAUUACUGUGGUUUUAACUUGUGUAAAUUACAAAGCUGUGUUUACAUUUUUCACUGGGGUCUUCGAUCCUCACUUGAUAAAUUCAGAUGUCCAUUGUUGCGUUCUGUUCCAGAUUUCACAGAAGGAAUAGCUUACCUGUCCUUACAAUAUUAAAUGACUUGGUGUUGACAUGAAUAUCAAUUAUGUGGUCAUUUUAUAAAUUUCCUGUUUACAAAAGUAUGAAUUUUUCGAAAUAAUAAGGAUUUAUUUUCUUAUCCCAGGCAUAGAUUACCUUAGCCGUAUUUGGCACAACCUUUUGGAACUUUGGGUCCUCAAUGCUCUUCAACUUUGUACUUGUUUGGCUAAAUAACUAUUUUGAUCUGAGCGUCACUGAUGAGUCUUAUGUAGACGAAACGCGCGUCUGGCGUAUUAAAUUAUAAUCCUGGUACCUUUGAUAACUAUUCGUUAAAUCUUCGCACCGACUUAAUUUAUGAGGGUAACUGUUCAUUUUUAUAUUUGCUUACAUUUACCCCCAUUGUAAUGCGCCAAAAUGUAACUUAAUGUGUUCUUGUUCUUUUGUAUUAAUAAUUUGUUUCACCAGUAAACGACUCUUUUGUAUAAAUACAGAACGCAUGUUCCAACUGGAAGAUUCUCUCAAAGAGUGUCCUAAUUGUUAACAGUAUAUUUCAAACGCAUGUGUUUGCUGUACCAAGUAAAAGUGCUUGGUGAUACUAUUUAAUAGACUUUAUAAUUUAACCAAGUCUUCAUAUCAAAAUGCUGAUGUACUGUUUGCUCGGUAAAUCGUUAACAAUGCACCGAGUAUGCCUAUCAGAUUUUCCUGCACCAAGUAUGCAGAGUAUUAGAUUGUAAUGUCCCCAGUAGAUUUACCUGCACCGAUUGCUAGAAGCAUUGUUUUAUCAAACUUGGUGCAAGUAAUGCACCUGUAUGUAAUAUAUAUAAAUGGAUUUUAUGUCUUGUCAUAUGUUUUAUUACUGAAGCAGCAAAUAAUACAAUAUACGAACUUCCA